UCAGGAUUUUGAUACCGCCAUGGCCGCCGAUUCAAUCAACUUGAGACGUCGGUGCAGAUUCAUGCUUCGUCACCCCCCAACCUUCAGAGGUUAUACAUUCACUUUGAGCCAAGCCAUUUGAAAGAGUCUAUGCUAUUUUGUCCUCGUGCACGCUCUCUACUUUUCAACUCUCCAUAUGGAACAAAGUGGAACUUCCAAGACAACGACUUGCGCCUAGAUAUUUCAUUUGUUAUUCGCAUCUUCAAACUCCUCAAAAUAUUGGUUUUGGAGCAAAUACCUCUUCACAAAGGGCUUCCAAGUGAAAUAGGACAGUUUGUUCAGUUGACCUUUCUGGCAGUUCGAGGUGACCUAACUGAGAUCCUAUCCUCGAUAGCUAAACUCUCAAAUUUAGAAACUUUCAUUUUGGAUCCGAGUGGAGACAUUGCUUCGCUGCCAGAUAGUCUCUGGGAUUUUCUAAAGUUACAGUUUCUUUACAUGAGGAGUUCCGACACUUGGGUUGGUGCUAGUUUGUCCACAGAAAAUCUUGAUAGCUCAUCUAAUUUGAAUGAAUUGGAUGGGUUAUCUGGUGCGAUUAUUCCUAACUGCAGCAGCAUGGAACGGCUGAUGACAAAGUUUCCCAACAUCCGUAAGUUGAAAUGCAAACUUUUUUAAUACAAGGAUGGUAUCGAAACACUUGACCGGAUUGUGGUUCCUGAAUUUUUGAGUCAACUAGAAUCUCUUCAUAUGUCAGGUUAUUAUGGAUUUCCAUAUAUAAAUACGUGUGAGUUUAGAUUGCCUACAAAUUUGAAGAAAUUGACGUUGUCAAACUUGUCCUUCUACUUGCCUUGGAGCAAGUUUUCAACCAUCGGUAAGCUACCAAACCUUGAAACUCUCAAAUUACUCUAUCCUGGCUUCAGGGGGAAAACAUGAGAAGUGGAAGAAGGGGAGUUUUUAAAACUCAGACUAUUGCUAGACUUGGUCACAUGGAGAGCUAGCGAUGAUCAAUUUGCUUGUCUUCAGAAGUUGGUAUUGGAACAUUGUCGACAUUUGGAGGAGAUACCUUCUUGUCUAGAGUACAUCCCUAAGCUUGAAGAAAUUGAAGUGUCCCGAUGUCCCGAGACUGUGGUUAUAAAUUUAGUGAGACUUCUUGAGGAAGAACAGCAAGCAUGGGGACAUUCAGCUCUGAAGUGUUAGUGUAUGUAUAUAUUAGGGUUAGUGUAGGGGUAUUGUUGUAAUCCUACUGUAACCAUGUACACUAUAUAUAUGUUAACUCAAUACAGAAUGACCUACGGGUUUUACACAUCUUCAUGGUAUCAACCGCUUUCCUGGGACGUAAUUUUUUUUUUUAGGGUUUUCAGCCGCCGUUCCAUUCUUGCUUUGACGGCUUCCCUAGUUUCUUCUUCCGGCAACCUCUCUGUCCUGCCGUUGCCGACGCUGCUGCCGUUGCUGUUGCCGUUGCCGUUGCUGUCUUGCUUGCUAUCUCUCUCUGUUCUGCUUGUUGUUGUCGUUGCGUUGCCGUUCCAUUCUUCUCACCGACGCUGCUAGUUUCUCGAUUUGACGCUGCUUGUUCUUCUCCGUCG